GAGAGCGAUCGACGCCCUCAGAAGGCCCGCGUCGACGCAACAAAAAUGGUCCCGUGGAAGGUACAGCUGCUGGUGCUGCUGGCGGCGGUCGCCGUGAGCCUCGCCCAGAACACGCGCGGAGGAGGAGGAGGAGGCUUCGUGGGCGUCAUCGCCGGCGGUUUCGGCGGCGGCGGAGGCGGCGGUUGCGGCGGCGGCGGCGGCUGCGGUGGAGGUUUCGGCGGUGGCGGCGGCUACGGCGGAGGGUUCGGCGGCUCCAGCGGGGGCUGUCGGUACUGGUGCAGAACCAAUUUCGGCCAGUACUACUGCUGCGAGGGCGGCGGAAGCAACAUAAACUACCCUGUUGUGAAGCCAGGCAGAUGCCCGCCCGUGCGACCGCAGUGCCCGCCCGUGAGGACCUUCCGCCCUCCGUCCACGUGCAGCAGCGACUCCAGCUGCGCCGGCUCCGACAAGUGUUGUUACGACACCUGCCUUCGCCACCACACCUGCAAGCCGCCCAACUUUUACGGCUGAUCCCCCCCCCCACCGCCUGAGGCCCAGGGGGCAGGGCCGGCGACGUUGCCCUGGCCCUGAGGUCCCCGGCUUGGGUUGGGUCAGGGCUGGGUCAGGAGGAGCCGAGGGACAGGCGCGCCCCCGCGGCUCCGACCCGUGACAGCUCAGCCUCGCCCUCGUCAGCCGUGGUCGCAGUUGUGGCGCGGUUCUUCGAACACCUCCCCCC